AUGUUUAAACGAGGGGACCUCAAUGAGGAAAAGCACAGUGGCCUAGAUAGCGUUCACACGUACGGCCAGGGAAGUUGGAUGUAUAGGGAAGCACCCCUUAAGGAUGGUCAGUCGGUAGGUGUAAGUGGGAAUGAAGAUCAACGAGAGGGGUGGAAAUGCGUACUGAAUACUAGCCCUAUGAAGACGAAUUUAGGGUUAGGGUUGUUCAGGGUAAAGAAUGGUAUUGAAAAUAAUGGCAGAGGAUGCAAUAACUGCAGAGAUGGGGAUGAACAUUUUUCCUACACAAGUCAGCCUACGCCUAGCCUUAUAAACAAGGAUAGUGAAUUGCGUUAUAAUGGAAUUAGCAUUUCGAGGGAAAUGGAAAAAAUGACAGAUUAUCAGACCAAUGGAGAGGAAUUAAGCCAUCUUAGUGAAGAAGCCAGUUUGGGGAAAGGCCACCAAAACAACGCAGGAAGCUCCAUGGAGGCAUCUCCCCCCUGUGCUAUCCGUAUGGAGGAGAAAAGGGGCGCAGUCAAUGGUUUGCGGAGGAAAGUGAUUAAAAGGGUGGAGAAGAAGGAUCAGGGGGGAAACAGCUGUGAUGACAGUAGGAAUGACAGGAAUUUGGACGACAUCAGCAGUGGUCACACAAAUGAUAGCCACAACAAUAAUGGCAAUACCAAUGGGUGUGACCCCCCCCCUGUGCGGAGGAAGGAACCCUGCGGUAUAGACACUCCGCGAGAAAGUAACGAAAAGGCUGGAACAAAAAAGGACGAACAAAUUGCAGACAUAAGCAGAAGCAUUAAGAAAAUUUUACGAUCUUCUAAAGUGCCUCCAAAAGAUAUACUAAAAAAGACGGGUAGAAGAUUUUCGGAUACCUUCCUGUACUUAACAAAAGGGUACCAUAUGAGCGUAGAAAAAGUUAUUAAAAAAUCCUUGUACAAAAGGAAUUACAAAAAUAACUCUGUCAUAAAAAUAAGUGGCAUUCAUAUUUACUCUUUGUGCAAGCAUCAUUUGUUGCCAUUCGAAGGAGAGUGCACCAUCGAGUAUAUCCCGAAUAAAUAUAUUAUGGGUCUGUCCAAAUUUUCCAGGGUUAUAGAUAUUUUUGCGAGAAGGUUACAACUACAGGAGGAUUUAACCAAUGACAUUUGUAAUGCUCUGGGGAAAUAUUUGAAGCCGAAAUAUCUACAUGUAAAUCUUGUGGCCAGACAUUUAUGCAUUAAUAUGCGCGGAGUGAAGGAACACGAUGCGACUACUAUCACGAAUGCAUACUAUGAGGUAAAAAAUGAUACUUGUGUAAAUCACGCCGGGAAUGGAUUUACGUGUCCCUCCUUCCAUAAUGGGAAUAAUCCAUCUCGAGAAGAUAUAGCGCCCGUGUGA